CCCAUGUAUCUCAUACUGUUUUCGAAUUUGACGUAAUUCAGUGAACCCAUCAAAAUUUUCAUCCAAAAAAGUCCACAUUAGAAAGUCAAAUUUGGAAUUAUCAUCAUCAAAUUUGUAUAGAACCUCUCCAUGGGAGGGGAGCAUAUUCUGAGUCUCCUACUGGAAUCUUACAACCUCACAAGUCACACCUUCUUAUUCAUCACACAUUAAAAUAAACAUUAAAAAAAAUCCAAUCAUAGAUUCUAGUAAAAACUCCUUCUGCUUCUUCUGCUGAUCUGAUUCAUUAAAGCAUAUACAGUGGAAAAAUCAAAAAGAUCCAUUCUUUCUUCUCUCUCUCUCUCUCUCUCUCUCUCUCUCUCCCACUGAACUUUCAAGAAACAAGAGAAAAUUUUUUUCACUCUCCAUCAUAUACAGUCCACUCAUCAAACUGUCUAUAAAUACAGACAAAUCAUAAUGCUCUGUAGAGCCAUAUGAGCUUUUUGUUUUCCUCUCGUGAUCUGUACUUUGUUAGUCGCCUGAUCUCUCCGUAAUUUUCUUCUGGGAUCAUCUAGUUUCCGCCUUUUGGUUUCCGGGUUCACGAGAUUAGGCUUGUUUUCUAUUGUUUUUGUGUUGUAGUAGAUAAAGUAAUCGGAACCCAAUUCAGUCCCCGUGAUUUUGGGUGGUGAAAUCAGUCGAAUUCUCGUGUUACUUUUUGCUUUGGUUGGUUUGGAGGGAAAGGGAAAGGGAAAAAAAAAUUGUGUCUUUAGUGUUAGUAAAAAGGGGUUUCUGAGGGAAUGGCGAGUAGGAACCUUGAGAAGAUGGCAUCAAUUGAUGCACAGCUGAGGUUACUGGCACCAGGGAAGGUCUCAGAAGAUGACAAGUUGGUGGAGUAUGAUGCCCUUUUGCUGGAUCGCUUUCUCGACAUUCUUCAGUACUUGCAUGGAGAGGAUAUUCGUGAAACGGUUCAAGACUGCUAUGAGCUCUCCGCAGAGUACGAAGGGAAGCGUGACCCUCAGAAAUUGGAAGAGCUUGGGAAGAUGCUCACUAGUCUAGAUGCUGGUGAUUCCAUUGUGGUCACGAAAGCUUUUUCUAACAUGCUUAACUUAGCUAACCUUGCUGAGGAAGUUCAGAUUGCUUAUCGCCGUAGAAUAAAGUUGAAGAAGCGUGACUUUUCUGAUGAAGCCUCUGCAACUACUGAGUCAGAUAUUGAGGAGACCUUCAAGAGGCUUGUAACUCAAUUAAACAAGUCCCCGGAAGAAGUUUUUGAUGCUUUAAAGAACCAAACUGUGGAUCUUGUUCUUACUGCACAUCCAACUCAGUCUGUUCGUAGAUCUCUGCUCCAGAAACAUGGAAGGUUUGUUAAAUGGAUGUGCUAUUUUGCUUAGUUCCGGAAAAUGUGUCGAAUAAGUUUCACUGUAAGACUAAAAUGGUGGAUGGGAAGAGGUGGAGUUGUUAAUGCGCGGUCAUCUUUUUCUUUACGACCUCCUGUUAGAUGUAUAUUUUGCAAACUUUCUGUGUAUGGUAGCAGAACACUUACGGGUCUUCCAUGUUUCUAUUUGGUCCAGGAUUCGUAAUUGUUUGACUCAGUUAUAUGCCAAAGACAUUACUCCUGAUGAAAAGCAGGAACUUGACGAGGCUCUACAAAGAGAGGUAUGCAUUUUAAGUGGCGUGGAACUUGCCAUGUGCCUUUCAUGUAUGCUUCUAUGCCAUUUUCUGUUGGGGGAGCGUUUGGGAGGGGAGGUUUUGUAACCUUGAGGGCGUUUAAUUUUUGGUACGCGAUAUUAAAAAGGAAAAGGAUGUCUGAAUUUUAAGUAAUUGAAGUAAGAUGCAGAACGUUGGCAAAAUUGUGCUAGGUUUGAGAUUGAUUAAAGCUAUGGAUUUGCUAUUAACUCUGUAAUUUUGUUGGCUAGGGAAAAUGUUUUUGAUUGCUUGUUACAAUGUCUUUUUUGUUUUGGAAAAUGGAUUCGCUAUACUGUGGUAGGUUUGGUAAUGAAGACGCAACAUUUUGGGUUUGUAAUGUGGAUUGUAAUCCAGCUUUCCAUGAUUGUCCUUUUAGUUCAUUUGAUGAUGUGACAGUAUUCAGUUUGUUUUUUGUUUUUGUACAGCUUCAACUGGAAACUAUUGAUGUGAGUUUCUUAGUAAUGUAGGACAUACUAUAUUUAAAGAUUUUAUCCUCUGCAACACUGAAAUAGAUACAAGCUGCAUUCCGCACAGAUGAAAUCAGGAGAAACCCUCCAACUCCGCAGGAUGAGAUGAGGGCAGGAAUGAGUUAUUUUCAUGAGACAAUAUGGAAGGGGGUGCCUAAAUUCUUGCGUCGUGUUGACACUGCCUUGAAGAAUAUUGGAAUAAAUGAGCGAGUUCCUUACAAUGCUCCUGUUAUCCAGUUUUCUUCUUGGAUGGGUGGAGAUCGUGAUGGUAAUCCGAGGGUGACUCCUGAAGUUACAAGAGACGUGUGCUUAUUGGCCAGAAUGAUGGCUGCUAACCUCUAUUUUUCUCAGAUAGAGGAUCUAAUGUUUGAGCUCUCUAUGUGGCGCUGCAGUGAAGAACUAAGUGCUCGUGCUCAUGAACUUCAUAGGUCCUCAAAAAGAGAUGCGAAACACUUCAUCGAGUUUUGGAAGCAAAUUCCACCAAAUGAGCCUUAUCGUGUUAUUCUUGGUGAUGUGAGAGACAAACUGUAUAAUACUCGUGAACGUGCUCGACAACUAUUAUCUAGCGGAAUUUCUGACAUCCCUGAAGAGGCAACAUUCACAAAUCUUGAACAGUUUUUGGAGCCUCUGGAGCUAUGUUACAGAUCACUGUGUGCCUGUGGUGAUCGUCCAAUCGCUGAUGGAAGCCUGCUUGAUUUUCUUAGACAAGUCUCAACAUUUGGGCUUUCCUUAGUUAGACUCGAUAUCCGGCAAGAGUCAGAUAGGCACACUGAUGUUCUAGAUGCUAUCACAAGGCACCUCGAAAUUGGAUCCUACCGCGAGUGGUCUGAGGAACGGAGACAGGAGUGGCUUUUGUCUGAGCUUAGUGGGAAACGUCCUCUAUUUGGUCCAGAUCUUCCCAAAACUGAGGAAAUUGCUGAUGUGAUGGAUACCUUUCAGGUCAUUGCUGAGCUACCAUCUGACAGUUUUGGAGCUUACAUCAUUUCGAUGGCCACUGCUCCGUCAGAUGUGCUUGCCGUUGAACUUUUGCAACGUGAAUGCCAUGUCAAAAACCCGUUGAGGGUUGUUCCAUUAUUUGAAAAACUUGCUGACCUCGAGAAUGCACCGGCUGCGGUUGCUCGGCUCUUUUCAAUAGAUUGGUAUCGUAACAGGAUUAAUGGGAAACAGGAAGUCAUGAUUGGGUAUUCAGAUUCCGGAAAAGAUGCCGGCCGUCUUUCUGCUGCUUGGCAGAUGUACAAAGCUCAAGAGGAGCUUGUAAAGGUGGCAAAGGAAUAUGGUGUGAAACUUACUAUGUUCCAUGGUCGUGGAGGGACAGUUGGAAGAGGAGGUGGUCCCACUCAUCUUGCUAUAUUAUCUCAGCCACCAGAUACCAUUCAUGGAUCACUUCGGGUGACUGUUCAAGGAGAAGUCAUUGAACAGUCUUUUGGGGAAGAGCAUUUAUGUUUCCGAACUCUCCAGCGUUUUACAGCAGCUACCUUGGAGCAUGGAAUGCACCCACCAAUCCCACCAAAGCCAGAAUGGCGUGCACUAAUGGAUGAGAUGGCUGCUGUUGCCACAAAAGAGUAUCGUUCUGUAGUUUUCCAGGAGCCCAGAUUUGUUGAGUACUUCCGCCUUGCAACGCCAGAGUUAGAAUAUGGUCGUAUGAACAUUGGGAGUCGUCCAUCAAAGAGGAAGCCUAGUGGUGGAAUUGAAUCCCUUCGCGCUAUUCCAUGGAUCUUUGCCUGGACACAAACAAGAUUUCAUCUUCCUGUCUGGCUUGGUUUUGGGGCAGCAUUCAAGCAUGCCAUCAAUAAAGAUAUCCGGAAUCUCCAAAUGCUGAAGGAUAUGUACAAAGAAUGGCCUUUCUUCAGAGUGACGAUUGACUUGAUUGAAAUGGUUCUUGCAAAGGGAGACCCUGGCAUUGCUGCUCUGUAUGAUAAGCUGCUAGUCUCUCAGGAACUGUUGCCAUUCGGAGACCACUUGAGGGCUAAUUAUGAAGAUACUAAGAACCUCAUCCUCCAGGUUGCUGGUCACAAGGAACUUCUUGAAGGAGAUCCCUACUUGAGGCAAAGACUCAGACUUCGUGAUCCAUACAUUACCACAUUGAACGUUUGUCAAGCCUACACAUUGAAGCGUAUCCGUGACCCAAGCUACAAUGUCAAUGUUAGACCACAUCUGUCGAAAGAAAUUAUGGAUGCCCCGCCACCAACCAAAUCUGCAGCUGAGUUGGUUAAGCUCAAUCCAAGCAGCGAAUACGCUCCAGGAUUGGAAGAUACACUCAUUUUGACCAUGAAGGGAAUUGCUGCUGGGCUGCAGAACACCGGUUAAGCGUAGUGUAUGCUAUGGUUGUUUCAAAUUAAUGUUUGUCAAACUAAAUAAGGUGACUUAUGAUAAUAGAGCAACGUGGUGGCAGCAGGACUUCUUGUAGUCUUUUUUUUUUAUAAGUGAAUCCCGUGUUAAGUUGUAUGAAAGAAAUGUCUUGGAACGACUUAUGAUGCCUUAUUUUACUUGGGUUAAUUACGUCGUUAAACUACCUUUUUCCUUAUAUGGCUCUUAUGCGAAUAGAUUUAUCAUUUCAUCCUCGA